CGCACUGAGGGCUGCAGGAUGCGCGUCUUCACUCUUCUCUGGAUCCUCGGCUUCCUGCUGAAAGAGGCGCAGGCGUGGGGCUACAAAAACGGAAUAUUUCACAAUUCCAUAUGGCUAGAACAAGCAGCUGGAGUUUACCAUCGGGAAUCGCGCAAAGGGAGAUACCAGCUAACAUAUAAAGAGGCCAAGGCUGUCUGCAAAUACGAGGGAGGGAAGCUGGCCACCUACAAACAGCUGGAGGCGGCUCGUCAAAUAGGUUUCCAUGUGUGUGCAGCUGGAUGGUUUGACAAAGGACGUGUUGGCUACCCCAUCAUCAAAGCUGGUGCCAACUGUGGUUUUGGGAAGGUUGGCAUCGUCGACUACGGCUACAGGCUGAACAAAAGUGAGAGAUGGGAUGUGUACUGCUACAACCCACACUCCAAGGAGUGUGGUGGGGUGCUGACAGAUCAGCAGAAGAUCAUUCAGUCUCCUGGCUUCCCUGAGGAGUAUCAGGACGAACAGAUCUGCUACUGGCACAUCCGUGUGCGCCUGGGCCAGAGGAUCCGCCUCCACUUCCUGGAGUUUGACGUGGAGGACGACGCAUCGUGUCUGGCGGAUUACCUGGAUGUGUACGACAGCUACGAUGACGUCUCAGGCUUUGCUGGGAGGUGA